GCACAAAGAGCUAUCAAAGAAAUGAAUGGUGCCAUAUUACCGCAGUAUCCAGGGAUGAAGGCGAUCCGUACGGGCUGGGCCACAAGGAAACCGACAUCUCAUAAAGCACCUUCAGUUGAAGCCAAGGACUAUGAUAAAGUAUUGAAUGAGACGAGUCCCAACAACUGCACAGUCUACGUAGGGGGUCUCCAAUUCAAAUUCUCAGAGAAUGUUCUACGGAAGGUAUUUGGACCGUUUGGUGAGAUUCAGGAAGUAAGAACAUUUCCCGAGAAGGCCUUUGCCUUUGUCAGAUUUGGAAGUCAUGAGAGUGCAACAAAUGCUAUAGUAUCUGUCCACGGAUCUACGAUAGAGGGCCACAUCGUGAAGUGUUCAUGGGGAAAAGAGAGCAGCGAUUCUUCUGGCUUUCAGCAGUCACAUACCCAGUCUCAACAGAUGCAGGUACAACAAGGUGUAGGUCAAUUCUACGGGCAACAGCAGCAGCAACAACAAGGGGGUUUCAACCAGUUUAGUCAGUACGGCUAUCAACAGUACCCGGCAGGAGGGGGCCAGCAGUAUGUCAUGCAAGGUGUACCUCAGAACCAACAGUAUGGUUACUACCAGAAUCCCGGCGGUAUGGUGAUGCAAGGUGGAUUCUUGGGAGGAUACAAUGGAGGCGGCGGCGGAGGAGGUGGCGGCGGCGGACAAGGGUCACAAGGCUACAUGAUGCAGCAGCAACAAGGAGCGUCUGCGGCGCUCUAUCCAAACUCUACCCAAUCAGGAUACAUGCAACCCGGUUAUCAAUGAAAAAAUAGAUAAAUAUAUAUCAAACAAAUGUAAUAUAUGACCGAUCUCAUGCAUCGAUAGAAUGCGUGGUGCGAGAUAAGGACAAGGAUUUUCUUAAAAGUUGUACCGUUGCGUGGUGCAGGUAGAAUAUCUGUGCUGUGUACAGGUGAGAGCAUACUGGAGUGUUGGGGGAAAAAAGUGAGCGGAAAGUCUGCGGCAGAUGGGUAUUUUUGAAGUUAGUGUAAAUACAAUGCAUAAGGAACAAGUAACAGAUAGAUUAUAUGGUUAUAUUAACAAAUUAUUUGAGAAGAACUGAAUUUAGUGACUUCUUGAAAGAGAAAUAUUUGCAAUAUAUACCUCAAUAUAUGAUUGGAAUUGUGUAGAGGUAUAAGGCAUUCUGUAGAGAUAAAUUACGAUGACCCCCCUAAGAAGGAAAGCAAUAUGAUAUCAUACUAAUAUGUGUUGAUGUUCCUGAUUGGUCAGUCUGGUGACGACAUCGCUCCAUUGCCCAAUCAUAAUCAAGAUAGGUUUGCUGCAUCAUUAAGUGUGAACUGAAAUGUCUUAGGUUUUGUAUAUCGUUAGGAACACCAUCAUUGACCCAGGCAUCUCUGCUAAAAGUGGACGGGUGAAUUCAUUUCCAAAAUACAAGAGAAAUAUGAAUAAUUUUGCAUUAUCCAUUGUAUUUCAACUGUUAUUUUCAAUUGAUACUGUUUUGGGGGUUUUAAGAUUGUUGCUUUUGGUAAAGAAAUGUACAUGUACACCUUUUUAGGAGAGACAAAAGAUUGCGUGAACCAGAGACGCAGCCUUUACACACAAGACUGUUUUUUUUUUCACUGGUACGUGCAUUUUUUGUGCAUGAUCCUGAAAAGAAUAGAUAAAAAUAAAAAAUUAUCUAUGAAGAGACUGAAAGAAACUUUGCUGGUUCUCUUGAAGAAAAAAAUGAUGAUCUGUUAUGUGAAGUAUGGAUUAAUGAUUAGUGGUGAGCUAUUGAAAAAGGUUGUCUAAAACAAACAUUGAUUUUCAUUUGUAGUAGUGAUCUUGUUAAUCAAUUUUCUAUAACAUUAUGUAUUUUCCAUUUGACUUUUUACAUUGCAUACCCGGCUCCAAUGAGCGACGCGUUGGACAGCAUUUGGUGAUGAAAUCAAUCAAUCGGUUACAGAUGUAUCGAUGAAUAGGAGAAUUCCUAGAGUAGUAGACCUUUUCAAGAGAUUGUCUGACGUUGGUGACGUGUGAAGCCAAUCUGUUGAUUUGUCAGUGUAAAUCUAAAUCUGCAUGCGAAGUAAUGCCUCGAGACUUCAACCCCUGUAUUAGUAUCGCUUGGUAUGCCGCAUGCUAUGUUGUCAUGCAAACUUUUCCCAGUAUUCUGCUUCAAAGUAAGCCAUUACUUUGAUUAUUUGCAGCCAAAUCGAAUCAAAGAUCUAACAUUCUCUAGAGCAGUACUCGUCCAUGUCCUUAGAAGGCUCUGAGCAGUAUUUCCAGGAAAUCACGCCAUGUUUCUCUCUGUAUAUUUAGAAGUUGUUUUCCUCGUGAGCUAUGUACCAUUGCAGACGCCGCAGGCCACCUCGACUCUGUGUACGUUUCACGAGGCAUUGCUUUUACAAAUCCGCUCCAGACGUGAUCCGUGUAACUAUGCCCAGAAUAUUAAUAAUCGUCUCAGGAUUUCUCCUUGUGUGCCUUGCUCUAAUUCACUCCCAGAUUCAAUGAGUUAAACGAGUCACGAUUCGUUAGGUUUAGGUCGCAAAUGCGGACAUUGUAGUCACUUGCGCAGACGUAUCUUGCAUGCAUGUAUGAUGUAGAUUCUGAUGAAAUCAGCUCGCUAGGUGUGUUCUAUACGAAUCGCAUGUAGAAUGUAGGUCGGGUUGUAUCAUGUUUUCGGCGGGAUUGUCAUGUUUACUUUAGGUCAGUAUGUCACCUUCUAACCAUGGGCAUGAAUUUGUUUGGAAGAUGGAGAAAUCGAUUUGUACAGAUUAAAAAGAGAUAUAUCGUCGCUGCUCGUGGAUAAUCAGUGUCUAUCAAAGCAAUGGUUGUGAGUAAGUUUCUGCCCGUUUUAUGAUGUAAAUUGAAAGCAAACUAUCAAGUGUUCUUAUUAAGGUGCACCACUGUAUGCGUGUCAUGUCGUUUUAAUUGAAGUAUUUAAUAUUAUGUGUGUGUGAGACACAAAAAAUUUGAUUCCUGUGAUAAUUGAGAUGUCGUUUAUUAUCACGUUUGUUUGUAAAUUGAUUCGAGAAUCGACGUUGAAGGAGAAUUCACAAGGACAGAUGUUGAGCGACUAUGUUUUGAAAUUUGUUAUCGUCGAUUGUGAAGAAGUAAGAAAAAAAAUUGAACAAAGGAUGUAAAUAUCAUGCACUUACAGGUGACUAGAAAUGCUUAAUAGAAAUUUAGAAGCUUUUUUUUUACAUCUUUUUUAUUUUUAUUUUUUUUUCAGAGUAGAUUUUAGUUGACACCCUGUAAAAAUAAACAUAUACAUGUAAGAGAAAAUGCAUGUUGUGUGUAUAAUGAUUGGAACUGAGUGACCAUGUUCAAGUUUACAUGUUACUCAACAUAUUGUAAAUGCCAAAAUCAAGCACAGUGUUUAAUGUAUAGAUGUUGUAGUAUUUUGUGGUUGUAUGUUUAUGAACUAGGAUUGUGAAUUCAAAAAUGCACUGUACGGUUAAAUAUGUGGGAAUUUUGUAAAGAAUGUUAGUGGGAAGAUAAUUAAAAUUGAUUUGUAAAAAUGUA